CUUCUAACUCUCCGGAGCUCAAAGACGAGACGGUAGGGUACACACCUGCAUCAGGGCGAGAAAGCGAUUACAGCGCGAGAACACCCUGAAGUAUGUAAGCAGCACAGUACAAGACGGCCGGUGGACCUGGCACCUCAGUUCCCCAAGAGACUCCUCUUUCCCCUGAUAACCUCCACUGUGCCAGUUGACGUUUGGUAUUUCUUCUCAACACCUUUCUAUUAUUCAUUGGCGUGCGUUCACCAACUGUUAUCCAUCUCCUCGUUCUAGCCAUGCCUCUGCUCCAGUCUGUACCAGAUGCGAAGGAUGUCGACGUGCCCAGGCCAUUGCGUAUCGAUAGGCCACGGUCAAGACCUCAGGCGUCGUCCCCAUCUUCGUCUCCUUCUUGGAUUCCAUCGCCAGUGGCUCAGCAGCAGCACCGCCGGGUAGAAAGCCCAGAUGCGCUGAGAGCUCGUCAAUACCCUUCACCACGGGCUCAGCCGGUGCCACGUCGUCAAGAUGGCGAAGCACAGAACCGGCUGCGUGUUACCAACUCAGCAGUUGCAACACCUUCAACUUCAGCUUCGCCAUCACCCUGUCCGAAACAACCUCGCCGAUUAGAGCUCUCAACCCCGAUACCAUCUCGCUUCAAUUCAACACCAUCGCCAAUCCUUCAGCCAGUGGACUUGCCUCAUCAAGAUUCCGAGCACAGAUCUUCACUCAACACCCUAAAAAUCAGACGCAGAUUCACAAGUCUCGUAUCCAGUGAACCAGCAAAACCCUCCACACCCCUAGGAAACCAUGUCUCGAAAACCACCGUCGACACACCCAAGCCCUCAACCUCAACCUCAUCCUCCUCAACAGCCCAUUCCGCCUAUCCCGCCGACAAAACGCCGUCAUCACCACCACCACCAACAAUCACCCUCGCCCUGCCGGCCCCCUUGACAACUACGCUCGCCAGCCCCAAAACCAGCAUCUCCACCACACCACCACCACCACCUAAACCCCGCCACCGCACACCCACCCAGCUCACCCGAUCUCUAAAAAACAAGCUCAAAAAGCCCCUCGCCGCCCUCUCCCUCCUAACCAACCGCCGCUCCACCCCCGGCACCACAACCGUAAGCCGAGUAGCCUCCGCAACGCAAUCUUGGUUAUGCACCGCAACUGCCAUGUCACGAACAGGCGGCGGAUUCGGCAUUGCGUUUGAGAGCAGUACGCGUACGGCGUUGGGGGAAGUGUUGGAGGAGAAUGGGUAUGUUGGACGGAGAGUGGAUAGUCCGGUUGGUGAGAGAGAUGGAGGUGAGGGGGAGGAUGAGGAGGAUGAGGAGACUGUGGUGCAGAGGGCGGUUUUGCUGGAGAGGUUUGCGUUGCUGAAUUUGGAUGCGGGGAGGAGGAAGGGGGACUAUUUCUAUGGCUAGGUCGGAUCAAGACCAGGCCUUAGGCGGAGUUAAAGGUGCGCGCUGUUGUUGUGGGGGAGGGGGUCUAUAAGGCGUCAAGGUGGAUUUUGGCGGGAAUUGGAUUAUUGCGCGGUUGAUCGUUGGUUAUUGACGGUUGGUUUUGGGGGGUUCGGAAUUGUGAUGGUAUCUACCUAGGUAUACCCAAUGUGGUGACGUUGUCAUUGUCAGACACUGUAGCUCGCUGCUUAGAAUCGAUUGUAUUGCUCAGAAUUUGGUUAUUGCUGCUCCCCUAGACUAGAUUAUAAUAUCAUGCUGGUCUAUCA